AAAAACAGUUUGAGAAUUUGAGAAUCUAAGCGCUAGUUAACAAAUUGGCUGUCACUUGAAUAAUGACUGCAGGAAGAAGGAAGGCUGGCGCUUGAGAGAGAGGACCGACUGCGCACAGCUGUUGCGCACUCCCCAGAGAAUACGGUCAAGACUGCAGGAAUAGGGAAGGAGGGACUGAGAACGAGAACAUUACUAUUGCUUCACCUCUUCUCCCUGUCUGGGUUUCCUCUCUCAAACAAACACACACACAGACUCCUGGUGGAACACACUGCUUCCAAGAUGUGGAUCUGGGCAAUGAUUCCUGUUGUAUUAGCUCUUAUGGGCACUGUUGGAUUCUGGGCGGUGUUUGGAAUGGCUGUCUCCAAUGGGUCUGUCAAUCUCACACAAGAGUUUCCUUAUAUCAGCACCUGUGGUUCCUACACUCCUCAGAGCUGUGUCUUCGCUCAGAUCCUCAACCUGGGCUCUCUGCUUGUGGUGUGGAUCACUCUGAUGCGGUUUCAGCAGAUUAAGGAUUUUGGGCAACACUCUCGUACAAACACAGCCAGCCUGGUCCUCGGCCUCAUCUGCUCUCUGGGGACGUCCUUCGUGGGGAACUUCCAGCAAUCUGUGCUGAUGGGGGUUCAUCUAUUCGGGGCGUUCCUGGCAUUCUUCGUUGGGGUGGCGUACUUCUGGGUGCAGGUGUACCUAACUUACACUGUGAAGCCCUGCCCUGGGGGCCGCUGGAUCCUCCCUGUCCGCAUUGUACUGUGCAGUGCCUGCACCGGCCUCAUCGUUAUCAUGUCCGUGCUGCACAACCUGGGAUAUCGCACGGAGGCUGCGGUCUGUGAGUGGGGAGCAGCCACGGUCUUCUUCCUGCUCUUCGGACUCUUCUCCGUGGAGUUCCGGCACGUGGACUGCCAGUCCUACCACGUCCUGCGCAAGAGGGCCCCCACGCCCGUGAGCAGGGAGCUGUCCUGAGAGAGCCGCUUCAGGCACGCAAGGAGCCUCGCUUCCAGACGCAGCUUUCACAGCCUGUCACAGUGCAGCAAUAUCACUUCAGAGUACAGCUAUGGCCAAUAGUUUUGCACCACCCUAGAGAAUUAACUAAUUUAGCUUCAUAAAGUUGACCGAAACCUGCUGAAUAAUGCUACAGUAACAUAUUGAAUUGCAUACUGCUUUGUAGUUUUCCAUGGAAUUACAACGAAAAACCGACACAAAAAUGACAUUUCGAAAUCUAACUUGAAACACUGUACUGCUGUUAUGGCUUCCGGUAGACUUUUGUGAUAUA